AUGUAUAGGUCUAAAACGGGUGCUGCCAAUCGUGGCAGCAUCCUCAGCACUCUCAAGGCGACUGAGAUGCUAGACACGAAAGCCAACCUCCCGGCGGAGAUCCUGGUGACGAUUAUCGACUACCUACCCGUCGCCGACCAGCUGCGCUUCGCCCGCACUUCGCACCGCAUGCGAGAUAUGGUCUACGAUGACACACGAUGGGUUUCUCGACUGAAAAGCAUGGAAUGUUGGGAUGAGCUCGAGGCUCGACGUCGAUUCGAGGAAGCAGUGCGACGAAGACGAGAGUCAGCAAAUGCGGCGACGAAACAGGCCAAAGGUAUCACAGGCCCUGCGCAGCCGACAGCAACAACACUAUUCGAUGCGUCGUUAGAAGAGGCCAAGAACCGCGCCGUGGCGGACAUCCGUGAUGGUUUCGAGACAAUGGCGGUGGGGGCUUCGUCGAACCCCGCUGAGGAUCCGGCGGCAUAUUUGGAUGUUUUCAAGAGAGUACGGAGUAUCAGAGGCGGUGCGAGGCAUGAGUACGGGAAGAUAUAUGCUGCACUGGCACCCUUCUACUUUGACCUUGCGCGGGCAAAGUCUCAUGCGGAUCCUAUCAUCUUCCAGGCGUUUCGCGAUCCAGAGAAACAAGCGCAAAUGCUCGCCAAUCUGAAGAGAUUCGCCCAUAGCGACUGGUCGCCAGGAUGUCACGAGAGAGAGGAGAAGCUCCAGUCCAUGAUGGGUAUUUUCGAAAGCGCCGUCCUCCGAGAGUUUGAGCAAGGCUACGAAUUUUGGGAUGUCGAUGGACGAAUGCAUCGCUAUGCACAUGUCCUACACAUGCUCGGGGGCGCAACAGGAGGCGUGGAUAUCUUCAUCCACAAGCACCCCAUUUUCAACGAUGAUGAGUUGUUGGUGGUAAAUGCUAUGGACUGUCUCAAUCAAGCGACAGACGACGAAAAGAUUAUACUAGAGCCUUCGCGGCUGUUCUUUGAGAUGCUGCUUGCCAAAGUAAACGAGCAAGCUUCGGUGAUGGAACGCAUCUUUCCCGAACCUGCAGAUGUGUUCUGGAUAUUUGUGGAAAAGGUCAGGGAGGAUAUUAUUAUGGAGUAUUCGACACCACUAUUUGACGAAGCCCACGAACGUAGUAUGGAAGCCUACCUCAAAGCUGUGUCCGGCGUCUUUGAGCAGACACUGCUCUUCUUCCAAUCCCUUACACCCCCCGAGGGAUCGAAGCGAGAUGUCAAGGAGAUGGCGAAGGAGCUCUCAUUGCGCGUUUUCGAACCCCAUCUGGACCUUUACCUCCAAGCUGAGCUGGAAUUCUUCACAAAUCAUGCCGAGACAGAAGUAGCAAGCUGGGAGAAGAAGCUCUCUGAGCAGGAUUCAUCCUUGGAAUCUUUCUACAUGUCAAACAUCAACCGCUCGGCCGACAAGAAAGACUUUCUAAGUUCGUUCAAGAAGGUCGUCAUGAUGCCUGUUACUGUGCUUCCCAGCUUCCCCAUGGGAUCCCCCUUUGCAGCAAACAGGUCUUCAUCGGCGAAGCCAACAUUACCAGCAACCAAAGAGUUGAAUGGUUCUGGAACACUUACCCCUCAGCCCUCGAGACCAGAGAGUCCUAGUGUUGGGCUCGAUGGCACAAGAAGUCCGUUGCCCGCUCAGGCACCUACUGACGAGCUUGCAGCCAAGGCGGCCAUCAUGGCGUCCAAGCUCGAGGGCAUCAAGUCGCUGUUUAGUAUUGAGGUGGCACUCAAUCUGGUGCACGCCGCCAAAACCAGUUUGGGACGUGCUGCUGUCUUUAUCAGCCUCGGUGGACAAGCUGGGGGAGAAGCACGAGAGCAGUGCGCGAGUAUAUUCGUGGUAUUACUCCGCAUUCUGGGACAGAAACAUGUCAAAACUGGUUUCGACAUGGCUGUCGAUCACCUUUCGCAUUAUAACCCUCGAGAGGUCAGCGAUCACAACAAAGCUGGCGUGGCACCCCUCGUUACUUUCAUCGAGCUUGUUAACGUUGGAGAUCUAAUCUCACAGAUGAUCGAUGUCUUUUACGAGCAGCAACUUGCAGCCCCCAAGAUUGCAGACCGCAACGAUUUCUUGGACCCAGCGGGCCUGGCCAAGAAGAAGUUUGAGCAAAUGCUCGAUGAGAGUGUGGCAGCUGGCCUGAACAAGGGUAUUGAUGUUCUGAUGGACGAGGUUGAGUAUCUUCAAGGUACAACUCAACCACCAACAGACUAUAACCCCAUCGACCCUUCAGCCGCAUCCUCAUCCUCUGCUUUUGGAUCUGGAUUUGGCGGCAGUUCACACACCAUAGAGAAGCCUGCAAUGCUUGCUGCAGAGCCAGAUAUCGGCCCUACGGCCACGGCUAAGCGCAUCGUUGAGCUUGUAUCGUCCCAUACGAAGAUGCUUGUCGGCACGACGGACAAGUCUAUGCUCGAUGUAUUCAAUGGUGAGGUCGGCCUGCGCCUCUUUACCGCUAUCUGUAAGCAUCUCAAGCGACAGCGUAUCAGCACCGAUGGCGCAAUCACUCUCAUCGCCGAUAUGAAUAUCUACUAUGAGUACAUCCGCACACUACGCAACGCGGAUCUACUCGCCUACUUUGCCGCCCUGCGCGAGCUAAGUCAAAUCUUCCUCAUUGACCCCCGGCACGCGCGCGAAAUGGCAACAGUCAUUGCUGACGGUGAUCGCUUUGGCGGCGUGUUUCGUGCAGAGGAAGUCUACGAGUAUGCCCAGAGAAGAGCAGAUUGGUACCAGGUCAGAAAGAGUGUUGAGAGGGCCAUGUAUGGACUUGAGUGCGUGGUUAUGUGA